AUGGAGGUCCCAGCUGGAAACGGUGAGUAUUUUUCAGUUAACACUUGUUCAUUAUUAUUUGAAUGUAUUCAGAAUCUUUAAAGAAUCUUUUUGACGUGUUUUUGACAGCUUCCGUGGCAAAAGUUCCAUAUUAGGAGCGCUGCCCUAAAUUUAUCGACUUAUCGACUUUCAGACAACAUUUUCAGAAAUUUUGAAAUCAUUUGAUAAUUCAAAAAGUAUUGUCCUAUUACAGUUACGAGAAAACAAAAUCCCGUUUUGUUGGAUAUGCCGGAUGAAGUGCUGAAGAGUAUAGCCGAGUACACCUGCGUGUCGGGAAAGUGAGCUCGUUUCCAGUGUCACGUCUAGUGACUGUGCAUCAAAAACAUAACAAACUUGAUUUCAGGAUAGCGCUCGGCCGAUGCUGCAGAAAACUUGGUGAAGCUGUCGACGGUCGCCGUGAACGUUUUUGGCCUGGAACAUAACCGCAGGAGCUCAACUACCUCUCGUUCAUCAACCGUAUCGAGUCUGGAACGCUGCAUCAUAUUAAACUCAGCAAGAUACUUCCUUCGCAAUUGCACCCUUCAAAUUUCGAUGCUUUGAUCGAGUCAGCCCAGUGGAAGUGUGCUAAGGCUUUUGAAAUGAAAGGCCUUCAUCAGUACAUCGACGUCCGGAAGUUCUGGCACUUUAACACCAUCGAUAUUGAUAUCAUUCGCCUCAGUCCGGAAGAUUCGUUUUUCCUCAAGAGCGUAAGUGGUCUUCAGUUCGAUUGAGUUAAGUUAUGUGUUUUUUUCAGCACUUUGAGUAUUCGACCACCUUCAAAAAGUGCGUCUUGAACUUGGACAGAAACGCAGAGGUUCACAUCGAAUACUACGAGAACAAACCAAGACCGGCAAAAAAAAAACAAAAGCUCGAGCGCAAUGAUGGUCAAACAUUGAUAAUUACAUUUAAACGUCGUUCGAUUAUUUUAAAUUUUAAAAAUAUUAGUGAAGUGUAGCAACUUGCUUAAUUCUGCAUUUUUGAAGGAAGGUUCCAAAUUUCUAUUAGUAGUGAAUCAUUAAUGAAGUUGAAUGAAACAUUUUAUACCUAACCCGCAUGGUUAUCGUCCUCAAAAAGAGACUUAUUUUUUUUCUCUUUUUGAACGGCCAGAAGGUGAUGUCGUUUUCAGGUCAUUACAGCUACAGAAAGACAUACGUUACAGUGUACGCAGCUGACAUUUCACAGCAGACAGAAGAUAGUUCUGAAAACGAAUAA